CACGUUGCUUUCUGUGCUGACUCUGUCUCCUUCACUACGGAUUUUGGCUACAUUUUCUUCCUUCAUCCUGAGAUAAUUCAAUAUUUCUGGAACAAGAAGUGUCCCAAAAACAAAAAGAUUUUCCAAAACUUCAGCUCCUGAAAUUUUUUCCUCCACUGUGGGAACAGACAUCCGGCUCCUUCUGUGACUGAGGACGGUGGAGUGAAUCAUGCCCUCCGACUUUCUAACACCUUUCCUGGAGCUGGAUGAGGAGUUCUGCAAGAACUUCCGCGGUCUGGAUGUGACAGAUGGUUUGUCCACCAGCUCGCAGCAACACAGUCAAAGGGUCCUCGGCUUCCAGAGACGCCACUCUCUCUGCCCCGUGACCCUCCCCAACUCCAAGUUCAACAGCUCUGAGGUGACUGAGACCUGCUGGGGCCUCAACCUGGCCUCCAACCAGCACUGGAACCGAGAGGGUCAGCUACCCCGCACCUCGCUCAGCCACAUCCCCUUCAGAGUCGACCGCUCGGUCAGCAUGAUUGAGGGAAAUGUCACCAACUUGGGGUGCAGGGGAGACAAAAUGUCAAACGUGUCCCCACCGCUGCUGCUUCCACCUCCAGGUUUGUGUGCCAGCAACACCUCAGUCGGUUCCACUACUUCUACGUCUUCCUCCAGACCACCAGUGCCACCACCUCACAUCUCCACCCGGUACAAAACUGAACUCUGCCGCACCUACGAGGAAAGCGGGACCUGCAAGUACGGAGCCAAGUGCCAGUUCGCUCACGGCUUUGAUGAGCUCAGAGGCCUCAGCCGGCACCCAAAGUACAAGACAGAGCCCUGCCGUACCUUCCACACGAUUGGCUUCUGCCCGUACGGCGCCCGCUGCCACUUCAUUCACAACGCCGACGAGCUCAACGCUGCAUCUCCUCAGAAGCAGAAGCUGAGGCCUCCUUUGCUGCGGCACAGCCUCAGCUUUGCAGGCUUCUCUUCCCCCCACACCUUCCAACCAGUCGAGGAGUUGCAGCCUUCCUCUCUCCUCUUCUCCCGAGCCUCCUCUGUUACACCUCCUCCAUCCUCCACGGGGAGCCCUGAACUCCUCUCUCCUCCCUUUCCUGAGCCGGGGGCCCUGAAGCAUUACCCCUUCUCUGGGGUCAGUGACCUGGCAGGCGACAGAAGUGAUGCAGGCCUGCGCUUCAAUGCUACGACCAACUCCAUCAGUAGCAGGUGUUCCUCUAACUUAACCUCCAAAAACCUCCCCUUCCACCCCCCCCAGCAGCUGCCAGCCUCUCUGAACAGCCGCCCCAGCCUUCAGCGCUGCUCCUCGGCCGACUCCCUCUCCGAGGAGGGCUACACAUCCUCCUGCUCCCUCAGCUCGUCCUCCAGUGGCACAGAGUCACCAAGCUUCGAGGGCCGACGCCUGCCCAUCUUUAGUCGCCUUUCUCUUUCCGACGAGUAGGGGAGGGUUUUACUGUAGGGCUGAAUUUAACCCGAGACAGAGGGUCUAACUGUUUUAAUUCUGCUGAUCUGAUACUGGUUGCAAAGGAUUAAAACUUUAGGUUUUCCAUUCCUUCCUAAAUCCAGCCAAGGAAACGUACCUAUCUUUGUGCAUAUUGCAUUUCUUACCCAAGCAGUUGUAGCGCUGCUCAGUGUUCGUCCAGUUUUAGCUGACUUUUGUUCUAUUAACUUUUUAUUUUAUUAUGAACUUUUCUUCGAUGCCAAUGUUACUGCUGUAUACUGUUGUAUACCCAUGUCUUAGGUUCUGUGUGAGAACUCGUUGAUAUUUGUGUUGUUUGCCCUUCCUGUGAUUGGUGUGCUGUCCACUAACAUGGAAACUUUUCUUUUUAAAGGCCUUCAUUUCUAUUUCAGUUAUAUUAAGGGCUCAAACUGUUUGCAAUGACCCAUGCUGUGACUGAUUGAUUGAUUGUAUUUGCCAGCCGUUUUAACCGCCUGGCGAGGAUUCAGCCGAGCUUAAACAGCACAAGUGUAGGCAACCCACUGACUCUAGUUACCAAAGCUGAUGUUAGACUUCUCCUAACCUACCCGUACUGUUAACCUCUAGCCUUAGACAUGACAGAUAAUAUACAAUGUUAUGUUUAUUUCUUUAGCUUAACACCACGUUAGACCUAUUUAUUGCUUUUUGUUUGAUUUGUUGCUUAUGAUUGUGUGUUUUUAUAUAAAAAAUGCCGGAGAAAUAAGGCUUUACUGAUGAAUUGCUCACAUUCUCUGUCUGCGUAAACCAGUAGCUUUAAAAGAAAAGGCUUAUGGGGAGGAGAGGAAAGAGAAGGAGGAAGACAAACAUUUUGGCAUUCUACGUUUAUGUUGCCUUACUGGCUAAUGGGCCUGGCAGGAAUCAGGACUGACCCAGUUCUCACGUCACAUGCAGCUCAGUGGUUUCUAAGACAUCCUCAAUCAUUCGCUGCAGGUGUGAGUGGACGGUUGGUCGCUCUCCUCUCCGUUCAGCCUCAAACCUCCUGACUGUAAUGAUUUAAAAAAAUAUUUGAAGUUAUACAAACAGAAGUGGUGGUGAAAAUGUGUGAGACGGCAGUUGGAAAUUAAGCAUGUGUAAAUUCCCUUUUUCUCCUGUAAAAGCUGAUUUGAUUUGUCAGAGUUUGGCUCCAUGACAAUGUGUUUGUAGGUAAACUUCUGUUGCACACCAGCUAUCCGCUAACUCUGACCAGCAGGUGAAAUCACACGAGUUUGAGUGAAAUCAAGCAAAGUUUUUCUUGCUUGUUUUCCUCAUUAAUCGGCUCCGCCUGCCCUGAUGAGGCCAGAGAUGCUUCUUAUUGCUGUAGCUUAUCGAAGAUGAUUUUUGGUUUGUUUUUUUUAAACUUUUGUUAACUUAAAGUCUUAUUUAUUUUUUUCUUAAAGCAAAAACCUAUAUUGUGUUGUUUGAUAAUGUGUUUUUUUUUUUUACAUAAUUUAAGUGUAUCUAUUGUUUACAUUCCAGCGGUUUUGUCAAUAACUUUGCCCUUUAUCUUAAUAUA